AUGGCGGAAAAUGUUGGAGACAACGAGAGCGAAAUCGGCAGUGUCACUUCAUCUCAGAAAUCAUUCCUAAACAAGUGCCCCUUCGCCGACCCUGAGUCUGUUCGUCAAGCUCUUCCGACGAAAUCUUCCGAUGGAGUGGUAGAUACGGAGUCGGACAGAACUGAGAUUCUCGAGAAUCCGAUUUCGCCGCCGAUUAACCGUACCCCGAUUCUCUCGUUUUCUUCUCCGACGAGCCUCGAUUCCAUCAACGAUGAUGACGUCUUCCGUACUCCUCCCGAGAACGCAUCUCUCGAUUCGGAGUCCAUACUUAGGUUUCCGGAGAUGAAACCUGAUUCGAACUCGAAAUCUCCGUCGACGAAGACGAUGUCUCUUUCUUCUUCUUCUUCACCUUCUCUUCCGGCGGAAAUUGUUAGGGUUUUGGAGACGAAUCGUCUUUCUGGUAAUGUCAGGGAUAUCGAUUCUCCUUCUCCCUCUUCUGUCGCGGCCGGUGAUGUUAGGGUUCCGGGAAAGCAUUCCGAUGUCGAUUCUCAGUCUCUUACCGCAAUCGGAGAAACUAGGGUUUUGGGAAAACGGCCAAUUUCUGAUUUUGAGGGUAAUACCGGAGUUGCUAAAUCUCCUUCUCCGGCUUCAUCUUCUGGAAUCAAGCUCACCGAAACGGAUAUUCCUGAAACUCCGAUUCCGUUCAAAGAAAUCUUCGAAGCUCUUCUUCGUAACAGCGGAGAGAAACUCACUGAAAGAGAUGAAAAAGUCAGCUGCGUUGACAUUCUCAAACAGUGUGGCCUCAAAUUCCCUAAAUGA